GGUGUAAGGCGGGGGGCGGCGGCAGGGCUGUCUGAGGGAAUGCGGGCGGCCAAGAUGGCUGCUGCCGCCGUCGCCGCCGGGCGUCACCUGCUGAGGAGCCGCGGCCAGCUGCGGGUGCCGCUGCGAUGGAGAGGCCAGGCCACGGCCGCCGCGGUGACGGAGAGCGCCAAGCCGCAGGUCCAGCCCCAGGAGCGGAAACCUAAAACAGGAAUCUUGAUGUUGAACAUGGGAGGCCCGGAGCGACUGGAUGACGUCCACGAUUUCCUGCUGCGUCUCUUCCUGGACAGAGAUCUGAUGACCCUUCCAGUUCAAAAUAAGUUGGCUCCGCUCAUUGCCAAGCGCCGCACCCCGAAGAUCCAGGAGCAGUACAGCAGGAUCGGCGGGGGCUCCCCCAUCAAGAAGUGGACAGCGGUGCAGGGAGAGGGCAUGGUGAAGCUGCUGGACAGCAUGUCUCCUCGCACUGCGCCUCACAAGUACUACAUCGGCUUCCGCUACGUGCAUCCGCUGACGGAGGAGGCCAUCGAGGAGAUGGAGAGGGAUGGCAUCCAGAGGGCCAUUGCCUUCACCCAGUACCCCCAGUACAGCUGCUCCACCACAGGAAGCAGUUUAAAUGCCAUUUAUCGCUAUUAUAACCAGAAAGGGGAGAAGCCAAAGAUGAAGUGGAGCAUAAUUGACCGAUGGCCCACACAUCCCCUUCUCAUUCAGUGCUUUGCUGAUAACAUCCAGAAGGAGCUGAACCUGUUCCCACCAGACAAAAGGAAAGAGGUGGUCAUCCUCUUCUCAGCCCACUCGCUGCCCAUGUCUGUGGUGAACCGUGGUGAUCCCUACCCUCAGGAAGUGGGAGCUACUGUCCAGAGGGUCAUGGAGAAGCUCAACUACUCCAACCCUUACAGGCUUGUGUGGCAGUCCAAGGUUGGACCAAUGCCCUGGCUUGGUCCCCAGACAGACGAGACCAUUAAAGGCCUGUGCCAGCGAGGAAAGAAGAACAUGUUGCUGGUCCCAAUAGCAUUUACGAGUGACCACAUUGAGACACUGUAUGAGCUGGACAUCGAGUAUGCCCAGGUUUUAGCCAACGAGUGUGGAGUUGAAAACAUCAGAAGAGCGGAGUCUCUCAAUGGAAAUCCACUGUUCUCCAAGGCCCUUGCAGACCUGGUGUGCUCCCACCUGCAGUCCAACGAGGUGUGCUCCCGCCAGCUGACCCUGUGCUGCCCGCUCUGCGUCAACCCCGUGUGCAGGGAGACCAAGGCGUUCUUCAGCAGCCAGGCCCUGUGAGCCGGGCGGGCGGGACGCUGCCCCGGGCAGGACGGGGCCAGCAGCCCCCGGGCUGGGGGCUCAGUGCUGCCGUGUCCCGUCACAGCACGCAGAACCUGCCUUCGGGGCAGCUCUUCUCAUCUUUUCUUCGUUUGAGAGGAGUUGUAGGAAGUAGGGAAAUAAGGGCAUUUAUCCUGUCAGGUGUGAGAUCUCGUGUCAUCCGUGGCGUGAGCCCAGCAGGACGCGCUGAAAACCCUACACAGCUUUUUUACAAUUAGCUUCUAUUUCUAUGCAGGGAUUUACUUGUAUGCAGGGUGGUCACAAGUUCAUGAACUUGCCAGGUCGAAGGUACACUUAUUUUGGUUUUGCUUAAGGUGCACUCUGACCAGCACAGUCUGUUGUCUGUUCUGAGAGGGACUUUGCAGCUGGCUUGGAGACUUUGGAGACCAAGUUACUUCUAAUGCUUUUUAAUAAGGUGUGUGUAUAUAUAAUUUUUUUUUUUUUUUUUAGAGCAUAAAGAUAAGGCUUUGUUUUGGU